AUGGAGCAGAUUGAGAAAUCAAAAGUGUAUGCCAAAAAAGGACUCUUAGAAAAGAUAAAGCUUUGCCUUUCAAAGAAGCCACUGCCAUCUCCCACUGACCGAAAGAAAUUUGACGAUGACUUUGCCAUCACCACUUCCUUUCAUGGGGUACACAAUAUUGUUCGGAAUAGAAGCAAACUUCGCAAGGCGAUCUGGUUGGUGGUGGUCCUGGGCUCAGUCUCACUCCUGAUAUGGCAGAUCUACAGUCGCUUGGUCAACUACUUCACAUGGCCCAUCACAACGUCCAUAGAGGUUCAGUAUGUGGAAAAGAUGGAGUUCCCAGCUGUGACAUUUUGUAAUUUAAACAGGUUCCAAACAGAUGCUGUAGCCAAAUUCAGUCUUAUUUAUUUCUUAUGGCAUGUUGCGUCCAAAGUCCUCCAUCGUCAGGACAUCAAUGCCAAUUCCACUGACUCUAAAGAGGCUGUUGAUUUUGUUAAAAGUCACCAAAACUUCAGCAUUGCAGAAUUUAUCAGGAACAAUGGGUUUUAUCUCAACAGUAACACUUUGUUGGACUGUGACUUUUUUGGAAUCCCAUGUGGUCCAAAGGAUUUUGCACAUGUCUUCACUGAAUAUGGAAAUUGUUUUACUUUUAAUGAUGAAACUAUCCAAGCAAAGAAAAAAGUGAGUGUCUCUGGAAGAGGCUUGAACUUGCUCUUCAACAUCAAUCAGGAGGAAUUCACUGACAGCUCAGCUCUUGGUUUUCUUGAUGCUGGGAUCAUCUUUGUUAUCCAUUCGCCAAAGAAGGAGCCACAGUUUGAUGGUUUAGGCUUGUCAACACCUGCGGGAAUGCACGCACGGGUAACCAUCCGCCAAGUGAAGACAGUUCAUCAAGAAUAUCCUUGGGGAGAAUGCAAUCCUAACAUCAAGUUGCAGAAUUUUAGCAACUACAGCACUUUCGGUUGCUUGAAGGAAUGUAAAGCCCGGCACAUAAAAAAGCAAUGUGGAUGUUUACCUUUCCUGCUUCCUGGCUAUCUUCCCCAUUGUGAAAUAUUCCUCUUCUUUGAAUUCCCUCUUCUGAUUUUCAUUUCAGACCACAUUGAACUUAAGGAAUUAUGUACAGUGGGAACACAUAAUUCUAGCUGUCCUGUUUCUUGUGAGGAAACGGAAUACCCUGCCACUAUUUCUUAUUCCAGUUUCCCAAGUCAAACAGCUUUGAAAUAUCUUUCCAAGAAGUUGAAUAAAAGCCAGAAAUAUAUCAGUGAAAAUCUUGUAAACAUCGAAAUAAACUAUAGUGAUUUAAACUAUAAGGUAACCCAGCAGCAAAAAGCAGUGAGUGUGUCUGAGUUACUUGGAAAUGUUGGUGGUCAGCUGGGCCUAUUUUGUGGGGCCAGUAUAAUUACAAUUAUAGAAAUCAUUGAAUAUAUAUUGACCAAUUUCUGCUGGAUAUGCAUUUUCUUUUUGGUGAAGAUACCUGAAAUGAUCCAGUGGACUCCUCCACCUCAGAAUCAUCUGGGGAAUAAACAUAGAAUAGAGGAAUGUUAA